AUGUUUCUUCCAGAGUCGGACAAUGAAAGUGUACCGUCUCCGGUAAAGCCGCAGCCGAGGGUCCCGUACUGCAAGACAUACGAGGAGAUUCGUCUGGAGGAGAUUCAAGCGGAGAGUGCCGCCUACUAUUCCUAUCAGGCUGAGGGCACUCGGAGCGACAUUGGUGACGAUAGCACGAAGGCUCGUAGGACGAAACGAAUCUGCCUGUAUCCAGCAGCGAGAGACACAGAUUCGAACGACAGAAAGGGAUUGGACUUCCAGGUUCUCACACUCGACGAAAUCCGCCGCCGUAAGCGUAGAAGCCUCGAGGCUGGUGACGAUAAAACGAGGGAGAACAGCGAGGCGGCGGCGGCGAGUUCGACGGAACUUUUGAAAGACACGGAAAGUUUGACCGAAACAAUUGCAGAGGCAAUAUCCGCCAGGGGGAUGAAAAGACGGCUGGAGAAUUUCGAGCAGGACGCUUCGAAGCGUAGGCGUAAAAUCAGCUGUCCCAAUCACGAUCGCAACACGAUCUCGAGCAGCGUGCCGCCUGUUAAGCUCAGACGAUCUCCAAAGAGAUCGUCCAGCUCCUCCUCGCUUCUUCACGCUGAGGAAGAGCAGCAACUCGAGGCGAAGAAUCGCGACGAAUCGGGUAGAAACAGCCCUGAAUCCAGUUCCACGGUCAGAUUGAACGAAUCGGAAUCGUCGAGCUCGACCGGUGGUAGGCCUAGGAAGAAUGACGUCGAAGUCAGAUUGUGCGAUAGCAGCACGGACGAAGAUCAGAUGCCAUUGGAGAGGAACAAGCAAAAGAGCUUGCAACUAGUUGACACUGUAGAAGAUUCCAAAGAAGCAGAUAGUCUGCUGAAUGUAAACGAGGAGGAUUAUCUGACGUUGGACAUGGCGUCGGAUGAUAUUCUGAACGACAUCGACGCGUUGCUCAAAGAUAAAACCUCGAUAUUGUCGAUGUAUCUGUGGUUCGAUGUAGAAUUCUUUUAUUUAUUAUUUUCGAAUUCUUACGAAGCUUUCAAGCUUCCAGAACAGUUUAAUACUCUAGGCAUCGUGAUUAGUAAAGAAUUUGCUGUGCAACCAUGGGAAUAUAACUCAAAUUUGUAACAAGUUUCAUUUGGCAAAUCCACGAAACAAAUCUUGUCCAACUGAGUCCUUUGGUCUGUAGUAUUGUAAGAGAAGUACAAUAGCUACAUGGAAAACAUAAACGAGAGAGAUUAUCAGGAGAUAAUUAUCGAUUAUUUGCGGCAUAAAAGUUUACAGUACUACCGUAACUGUUUCGAUUGUUUUACUGAUUAUGUGAAUUUUCUGAACGUUUUCUCGUUUCAUUUUUCUCUUUUAGAGUAUCGAUGAUGUGCGAGUCUACGACUAAAAGACUUCUAAAGAUCUGUAUUUCGUAAAUUCGUUCAAGACAAAAGUAUUUUUUUGUCGUGCUUCCAGGCGUGUACGAGCAUUUUGGAUAUUUCAAUUUAUUUCAAACAAUCGGAUUGAAAAGUAACUUUGGGAGAAAGCAACUGGGAAAGCGACUGGGAAUCGAGGAAUCCCUCUAUCUUAUCGUCAGACGUGACGUUUAUCAUCAUCAUCGUCGUUAUUAUUUUUAUUCUCCUCUUACGUACGUUCUUCGAGUGAUUUUGAAGAGAAAUCGCCUUUGGAUUGGUCAAAGGCAGUCGACGAUCAUCGACAACAGAACGAUUUUACUGAACGAUUGCAAGAGCUGCCCUUUCAUCGAUUUCGAACGUCUUCUCCUUGCGUUCUCCUGUAUCUAACGUUUGUAAGACUAACGUAAGUCAAAGAAACUCAAGCCUACGGAGAGGAUGUCGAUACCGAUGACCACCACGGUCACUGUAGCCGAGGGGACCAGUAUUGCGCUGCCAUGUCUGGUGCUGGUUGACCCGGUACUGCGAUCGGCACGCUGACACCUGGUGAUAUCAGACCUGGAACAGAAGUAGCUGCUUGUUUAACCGAGAUAUUUCAUUGAUGAGAUUUACACAUUGGCGUAUUUACAACAAAACCCUCGUAUCUGUGAGAAGUCAGCGAGCAAAUUCCAAUUAUCCAGGCGUGUUGAAUUAGGAUUUUAGAGAACUUUUCGUUUAAUUUCUUCGAACAUGGAUAUCAGUAUGGAGACUAAAUAUCGAAGCUGUGGAAUCUUUCAAGGUGAGAAUUUUAUGAAUAGAAAUACAGAAGGAAUAAAAAUACAGAAAAUAGUAAGUCUUACGAAUUCGAGAGCAACUGGAACAGGCUUAUAAUUUUAUUUUUUAACACUAAGCUGGCUAGAUAGGAAUGUUUAUGUGCAUGUUUAAUAUCACAUUAAUGAUUAAUAGGUGAGCAUAUUCUCAUUAUUUUCAACUUUUGACCUUUUGCGACCUAAAAUGACCUUUUCAUCAUAUCUUGUUAAACUUAAUAUCUCUAUAUUGGGCCUAGAAAUAUAUACUGUAGGAUAUUAUAUAUAUAUAUAAAAGAGAGAGAAAUACCGUCACCUUGAAACCUACGGAUCUUUGGGAUAAAACUACUUACACCACGCUAUCACGAACUACAACAUUUACUUUCCGGCUUUUAAAAUAGUUAAUUCCAAUGAACGAAGAAUUUUUUCGGGACUUUUACUUUCUCCGGAAUUCACAAUUGAUCUGUGUAUCCUCUUAAGCCUCUGGCAUUUUAAUUAUCCUAUUCUUUGUAACAAAAUCAGGUUUAGAAGGAAUCAUUGAAUCAAUUCUCAAAGCAGCGUGUUGCUUUAAACCGGUCCAGCAACAACAAACACACCACGUUAAUUACCGCGCGACAAAACCUAAGAAAGCCCAUUCGAGCUAGCAAAACUCAACCACCCAAAUUCAGAGAGACUAACAACCAUUACUAUGCAUGUAGGUAUAAGCUGGGAAUGGACGUCUGUAAUAACGAUAAAAACACCUUGCGGUAACGCAGAAGCGAGUAUAAUCCAUUACCGGGAGAUUGGAUAGCGUGUUAUCCGUGGUAGUCCAUCGGCUAAAGUGCAAGCAGCGAGUGCAGUGAGUGCGGUAGACACUCACCGGUGGAACUGGUAUUCUGAUUGUACUGAUUCAGGCCCGCGGUGUGGUAUGGCUGGGUGGGACUGCACGUGGGUCGUGCCCCGUAUCCCAGAUGGAGGGGCUCGUAGCUCGGUGGACGAGCCACGCCACACGAGUAUCCGUUGUCCCGUUGCUGAAGGCACGCUCCGGGACUUGGGCCCACUGUCAUGCCCACGGUCAUGCCCAUGGGACCCAUCCCACCGCCUGUUGAUAACGACGACAUACUGCUGGUGGUGUGUUGGUUCUGCUGGCUACCGCUGGACAUCGUGAAACUCGGCAUCGACGUCAUCGGGCUGCAAGAUUUUACGAGAGUACUCAAACGCUAAGUGAGAAACAGGUACAUUUCCACCAGUAGAAAUUUGUGCAAUGUACAAACUGUACAAUGGACUGCAGAUUUUUGUGCAUAUUUAUAGUCAUAUGAACGUGUACUUUCUGCAAAUUUCCCAUGAAUAUAUAAAAUUAAAAAAAUAUGCAGUCUAGUUACGUUACUUGCAAACAACUACUAUAUAUAGGGAUUCAAAACUGUGAUAAUUUGAAGAUUAUAAAUAUAAUGUACAAGUAUUGAUUAAUUAGAAUAUUACAAGACUUUUCAUUAUAUCUUCAUUAUAUCUUAAUUAGACAAUUUCUAUUUAAUACUGUACAUUACAUUUUAUGUAAUUAUUCUUAUCUUUUAUGCAAACAAAUUCAUAAAAUGUUUAUCACGUGGAUUCGUUUUUGUAAUUAUUAGUAAUUUAUUGAUUACACAAUUAAACUACCUGUGGAAUUUAUUUAUAUAAUAAUGUUAAUCGUUAAUUUGCGAUCGAUUUUGGUCAGUUUUAACUACAGUUUGCAAGGAAUUAAAUGUUGUACGGACGAGGAUCUCGAUCUAUUAUGGAAAAAUUUGUAAAUCUUUAUUCGUGAGUUUCCCACGACGAAUGGGAUAUGGGAAGAAAGUUGAGGAUCUAUUUGAGAAGAUACGACCGCAAAAGUUUGAUGAUUAAUUCUUUAAACAAUUUUUUUUUGCAAUUAAAAAAUUAGCUCGUUCAUGGACACACAAAUGCUAGCGGCGCGUAGCGGUGAACUGGUGGAACUAAUUUAUAUUGCUGUCCUUGUUGCACACCACUGUUCUCCUUGUCUACCACGCGGUCUAUGUCUGUUUUUGUCGCACACUAUUGCUUUCCUUGUCUAUUGACCGGCCAAGUGCUGGCAUCUAUCGGAGACUGCGGGAACUAACAUGCAUUACCGACAUUGUAUUACCGACUGUGGCAAGUGCUGCCAUCUAUCGGAUUUUUCCAAUUUAGCUUUUAGUUCCAGUAAAAAAUCACAGUGGCUCAGGUGGCAGCAUCGCCGGCAGACAAGGAGCACAAUAGUAUGCGACAAGGACAGACGUGCACUGCGUGAUAGACAAGGAGGGCAGUAGCGUGCGACAAAGACAGCAAUAUAAAUUAGUUCCAUCGGUUCACCGCUACGCGACGCUAGCAUUUGUGUGUCCAUGAACGGGCUAAUUUUUCAAUUGCAAGAGAAACUUAAUUUAGAAGAUUAAUUAUCAAACUUUUGCGGUGGUAUCCGUUCAAAUAGAUCCUCAACCUUUCUCUCCGUAUCCAUAUCGUCGUGGGAAACUGACUAUAAUAAAGAUUUACAAAUUUCUUCCUAAUAGAUCGAGAAACUCGUUCGUAUCGGCGAGUUACCGAAUCGUCGCUGCCAUUUAAUCCUGAAAUUGUGACAGAUGACUAAUUAGAAUAAUUAAUAUCACAUUGCUAAAAUUUCCGGCAUCUCCGUUUUAUUAUAUUCGUAUUAUAGACCAGAUAGCAUCCAUCUAAUUCAAUGCUAAAUUUCUCCAAGCGGCUGGCCAAUAACCGGUUAAGGGUUUAAACAUCGAGCACCAUCGAAGAAACGACGAGUUGAUUCUCACCUAUACGAGUCUGGCAUGCUGGGUAUUCCCGGAUAAACGGCCGUGGGUGCGAAACCAUGGUGUAUCCUCGGUGGAGAGGGUGGUGCUUGCGGCG